AUGAGCAGUACACCGACACGCACGCCAACAUCCACCCCACCACACCGCCUGCAAACCAUCUCCCUCACGCAAGCGCUCUCGCAGCAAUCCUCGCAGCACACGCGGCUGUCCACGGGGUCUCACGCGGUCGACUCGCUUUUGCACGGGGGGCUUCCGCGCGCACAAGUGACAGAGAUUUGCGGGCCGCCUGGGUCGGGGAAGACGCAAUUCCUGCUAUCACUGCUGACACAAUUCCUGCCGUCAAGCGCGCAGACAGCACAGACAGCGGUAUGGAUAUCGUGCACGACUUCGCCGGCGCAGCUGCCGGAGGGAGGGGGGCGGGUACGACACUUUGUGGCGCCGACGCUGGCGCACCUGCUCGCGCUGCUGCCGCGGGUGGCCGCCAUGGACGGCGUGGGCUGUGUGCUCGUCGACGACGUGUCGGAUCCGUUUACCACCGCGUUUCCGCCGGGCCUGGGCGGUGAGGCGAAGCGCCGCCCCGCGCUGCUGACCGCGGUCAUGGCGGAGCUGGGGAGGAUCGCCGCGACGAAACAUGCGGUUGUCGCUGUCGCUGUGCAGAUGGGCACGAGAGUUGUGAGGGGUGUGGGUGGUGUCCUGCAGAGCUCGCUGGGGGCUGCGCAGUGGACUGGUGGGCUUGCGGUGAGGAUGGUGGUGCUUAGGACUGGGGAUGGUGGGCGGGAGGUCAGGGUGCUGAAGAUGGGGGGGAGGGAGGCGGGGGAGGAGGGGCUGGCCAGGGCGAGGGUGGAGGUGGGCGGGGAUGGGUGGGCGGAUGUGGAGGGCUGGCAGGAGGAGGAGGAGGACGGGAUGGAGGCCCUUAGGGAGGCCGAGUCACAGCAGUCCCAGAGACCGAAGGUGUCGCUCCGGCUCACGCCGAAGAAGGCACCGCCGCUACCGCCGUCUACGUCCACAGGGAAACGGAAACGGUCGGAGACGGGCAUUGCGGCAGGGGUGAUACCUGAUAGCGAUGACGAGGGCGACGAUACAGAGCUCGAGGAGGGCGUGGGGGAAGACGAGUUUGGCUGGGGCGACGAUGGGAUAUUUGAGAUUGGGGAGAAAGGGAUUCAGGAGGCGGCGGAGUUAGAGCCUGCGGGAGAGGGCGAGGCGGCAGAGUCUGGCGGGUUCGAGACCGCUGCUGCUGAUGAUGGUGAUGCUGAUGAACAUCCUGAUGGAGUAGAGGAUACUACUGGCUCUCCAUCGCCAGUGGUCAUACGGAACGACGAUACUACGUGA